AUGGAGCAACAACCAUUCAAAGCAAGCCGGUCUGACGAUCCAAAAGACGACGGCAAUCCAGAAUCUCAAUCAAGGGCCUCACACCUUCAGGCCACUUCCUCCGCUCUGGCAUCAGCGAUAAACGCCAAGAACACCGGCGGAAUACCCACCAACCCGGAUCAACAAGAGACCUGCAGCCUAGAAACUGAUGAGCCACGAGUCCAGAGGCUCGCAGCAGCAGUCCGAGAAAUACUCGAAGGUGUUGGCGAAGACCCAGAGCGAGAAGGCCUUCUCGACACACCAGAGCGCUAUGCGAAAGCAAUGCUCUAUUUCACAAAAGGAUACAGAGAAGACGUCCAGGAGCUAGUCAAUGGAGCAAUCUUCAAAGAGGAUUGUGAUGAGCUUGUGCUUGUGCGGGACAUAGAUGUGUCUUCGCUAUGUGAGCACCAUCUAGUUCCAUUCAAUGGAAAGAUUCAUAUUGGUUACAUUCCAGACGGACGGGUACUCGGUCUUUCCAAAUUGGCACGAAUUGCUGAAGCCUUCUCGAGAAGACUCCAGAAUCAAGAGCGCUUGACAAAGCAAGUUGCUUCGUGUGUUUUUGAGCUGCUCAAGCCUCAGGGAGUGGCUGUUGUCAUGGAGGCUUCUCAUCUAUGCAUGACUAUGCGUGGGGUAGAGAAGGUUGGCAGCAGCACGAUCACUAGCUGUAUGCUGGGGUGUAUGAGAUCUGAUGGGAAGACCAGAGAGGAGUUCUUGACACUUCUACGUCGAGCGUGA